UGAACUUUUGUAUUAAAAUCUCUACAACUUAAGCUUCAUUAACUAUUAAUGAAAUUAAAAGAAAUCAUAAUGAAUGUUUCAAUCAUAACUAAGUCAAUAUCGAUGGUUAUUGUUAUUGAUAUUUUUGAAAUGUCAAUAUAAACAAACAAAUUAUAUGCUGCAAUUGAACAAGAAAAUAUGACUUCGCCUUAUUUUUCUGAAUUAAACAAGUUGAAAAACUCUCAAAAACAGAUCGAGAGGUAUCAAUUCACCAUUUUUGACCAAUUAUCCAAGAUUCAAAACUUAGAAUCUCAACAACUGGUUCAAAAUUUUGAGUCUUUCAGGAUUGCCUGUGAUGAUGCUAAUUGCAAAUUGGAAGUACAAAAUAUUUUAGAUAAAUUGAAGUAUGUUCGAAAAGCUGUCAUUGUGGAAUGUGGAAAUAAUAUUCCAGAUUUGGAAUCAUUUCAAGAAGAUCUUAUUAAUGUGCUUAAUCAUAUUCAGGAUUUGAAGGUUCAGUGUAAAGGGAAAGUUGAGGAAUUGAUAACGGAACAAAAUCAAUUAAAUGAAGAUAUAAAGCUCUAUAGUGAACGAUUAUGUUUAUGGACAGAGUCUCCCAAAUUAGAUUUACAAAAGAAUUUAGUUCAUUCCAAAAUCAAAACAACAAAUAAUGACCUUCCCAAUGAUGUUAGAAAAUUUAUGGAUUUUGUUAAAGUAAGCAAUGGUCAUGAGAAUGGUUGGGCUCUCAGUGAUCAUCAAUUAUUUUUAAAAUUAAGAAAGAAAUUUCCUGAUGUUAAUGCUUUGUGUCUGAACAUACAUGAGAUGUUGCCAGAUAUAAGUUUAGAAGACGUGAAAAGACAUGAAGCCUGGUAUGUUAAAUAUCUGAAUCUGAAAGAAAAAAACAACAACGCUAUUAAGAGGUGGCAGAAACUUAAAAGAGAAAAUCAAACGAAUGAUAUUUUGGAUUUUGUUAGUCAUUGUGAAAAUUCGGAACAGUUAGAAAAGAAUCCUAUAGAAUAUGCCAAAACGAUAGAAAAAAAUAAUGAUGAAAGAACUAAGGUUCGAGAAGAAAUAGAAAACUGGAAGAAAGAACGUGAAAUUAUGAGAAAUAUACAACAAACAAUGAAGCGAAAACAAUUAGAAGAAUCAAAAAUGAAAGAUAAAGAGAGAGAACAAAAAAAUGUAAUAAAAAAAGCUAUAGUUCAGAAAUGGAAAGAAGAGAAACUUGCUUCAGCCGAAGAAAAAAAUAAGAGUGAAGAAACUAAAAACUAUAUAGAACAGCAUGUUAGGGUUUCUGUUGCUAAUAAGAUGAUCAAAUAUUAUCAAUUACGGGAUAAAACCAGGUAUGACAAAUUAAUUAAACAUGAUGAAAAAAGUGAAAUACCUGAAAAAAAAAGAAGUACGUCACAAAUGAGCAGAGAUCCUAAAAGAUUAUUCAGACCAACACAACAAUGGAUCCACAGAUUUUUGGCUAAUAAUGAAAACAGUCCUAUCAGACCAGUAAAUUUCAUUGGUAGAAUACCAAAACUACAAAAACCAUCAUGGAGGCAGAGUUUAUAAUAUAAAUUGGUUUAAGUUCAAAACCCGACAAAUCCAAGUUACGAGGCAACCUGACCUUGGUCAAGGGCGAUUUGGAUACCGGAUGACGCGUAACCCUCACUCUUCAACCUAAGUUACGAGAGAACCUGUGUGAUCUAUAGACCUUGGGUUAGCUCUACGUCUAGACUAGAUCUAAUCUUUUGAUUUUAUUACCAGAAGGAAAAUUGUUUGUUUCGCUAAAAUUUAUGAAAUGAUUUUUUGCUGUGAAUAGAAUUUUAUUUUAUUUGAAGUAUAGAAAUAUCAAAUAUUAAAGUUUUUCUAUUCUAAUAUUUGAGGAACAGUAUGACCCAUGUAUUUAUUUAUUUAAAUUAAUGUGUCUCAGCUACAAAUGACCCAUGUAAAAUGCAAGGCAUGUAUUAUAAUUCAUUGUAUAAUGUAAGCUAAGUCAUAUUUUAGGAAAUUCAUGCCCUACUUAACUGCUAGCACAUUUCUUCUGAACACUCAAUAUAUGAAGAAUACUUAUUUAUAGUUAAUGUUACUGCUUAUAUUUCAUGAUAAAGUUUGAUAACAAUAUUCAUUAAGCAACCAAUUACAUAUACAAUUGAAAUUCCGAAUGAUUUGCUAAUAUGUACAGUUAAUUUCGAAAAGUCUUGCCACAUCUCAGUGACGCCCAUGGUUACUUCUUCCAAACAAAAACUGAAUGCAAUAUCAAUCGAAUUAUUUAGCACUAGAGUUCAAUUUCGAAAAUCAUCCCAAGAAAUAGUAUAGGCUGCGAGCGGAAUUAUGCCUUAUGGCUUCAAAACGAAUCAUCAUUCGAAUAGCUGAUAUUUUGUAUUCGAAUGAAUUUAAUAAUCGAAUACUGCAUUCGAUUAUGCGGAUGGUCCACUAUUAACGGUAACUGGAACUAGUAAUGAAAAAGAAGUAAUUGGAAUUAUUUUCAACAUGUAAUAAGAGAGAACUUGUGAUACUAUUUCGAGUUCAAGCACAUGAUUUUUUUGAUAUGAUAACCUUUCGACUGCAAUCAGAUUUGAAAUAGUGGAAAAUUUAACAGGACCCUUCCAAUAAUCCAAUGGAACUAGGAGAUAUAUAAUAUUUUGAAUGUCUAAUUUCAAUUGUACUCGAAGACUUGUAAUGAAUGGGGUGAAAUAUUUUUAUGUAGGUUGAUUGAAACUAUUCAAUGAUAUCAGCUGAACUAAUAAUCUACA